GACGUCAUGCAGCGUUUUGCGGCGGCUCUUCUGCUGGUGGUGACGGUGCGAGCUCUUCCCCAGGACAUCGAGCGAGACUCAGGCGGCUAUGACAUGACUGGAACCGGCUACAGCGGCUCCAGCUACGGCACAGGGUACGGGCACGAGGUGUGCGACAUAGACUGUUCGCACCUGAACUUGGUGGCGCUGGCGGCGGUUGGAGCCGCUCUCAUCGCCCUCGUCAGCUACAUGAUAUAUCAGGCUGCCGCGGCGAGUACCUCUGGACGGUUACUGCAGGACAACAACCCGUUCGACAGGAUGCUGGACGUGAGCUCAGUGGCCCAGGUCUGUACUGCUUUACAGCAGCAGUACGAGAGCGAGUCGAACGCCAUCGGGUCCCGUUCCUUCGAAAAGCCGUGCGGCUGCAUAGAGGGUACGGUGGGCGCGUUGGCCGGGUUCGCCGCCCUCGGUGGCCUGCUGGCGUUUGCUCUGUCGCAGUCCGCCGCAGCGCUGGCCGCCGCCUCGACAACAGCAGCCACCACCACCGCAGCCACCACCGAAACCACCACCGUCGCCACCACCACCGAAGCAACCACCACCACCACCGUGGCUCCGGCAGGGCGCUCUUUGGACGAUUCUGACCCGGAGCUAGAGCAGUACUUUACGGCGGACGUAACCAACAGCAUUGAGAUGCUGAGGUCUGGGUCCGUGCUGCUGCCACUGCUGUCGAGCACGGCUGACCUGCUCUGGGCCGGUGAGGAAUCCUCCUGCCAGCAGUACCGGCUCUGCCAGCUCGGCCAGCUUGCACGUCGCUCCGGUCCACCUUACAGCGUGGCCGUACCCCUAGCCAGUCUGCCGCUAUCCUGGAUCAAGAGCAAGUUCCAGGGCUCCAGGAUCACCGACCUGUGCUGGACGAUGGCCUCCAUGGGCCGGACUACUGACUGCUCGACCAUGUACAAGAGCUGCUGAGCUGACACGAACGCGGCCGCUCACAUGCCUACGACUCCAUGUGCGCGCAAUGAUAAGGGCUGUCAUUAAAGCGGCGCAAAACAUCACACAGCGACUUGCAGGGAGCCUGGUUACGUUCUCAGCUACGGAAAGUUUGUACGCUUGGACGAGACACCAGGCGAGGGAUGAUGGAUAACUUGAGACGAAACGACUGCCGCAACAUUGCUGGAUGUCGGAGCACACUUUCGCGUGGUGCUAAAGCACCUCACGAUAAGUUUAGGUGGUUGGCUCUCAAGCCCAGUCGUGGGUCAUUCCAGUGACCAAAUAUUCAUUUCAGCCGGGUCUCACCAAAAGUCCUACUUUUUUUACUACUCGAAGUCAUCGAAAGUAGAAGAAGGGUGUCGUUAAAGCAUGUCUCUAUUCAUUUCGCGAUAGAAGGUCUCGUAGAGCUGUCUUCCCUUGUCAUAUUUUUACGCACUUCUUGGUUGCUCAGGUGCUGGAUUGUUGUCACUUGUUAUUGUUAUUCUGUGAAAAUGGUUCACUUAAUGAUUACUGUGUGAUGCAAGAAUCGCAUGCCAUGCUAAGUGUUGCUAUAUGAUCCUUUUC